AGGUAGCUGUGUACAGUAUCAUUUGACCACCGGCGCAGUGUAGUGUUACAUUCGGACAGUAAAUACAGACUAAUAUCAACAUGUGCGGGGAAAUGGGCAAGGCGGUGCUGCGCGCUCUGACGGGUGCAUUACUCUGUGGUUUGGUUUCCGAUGCCGCGUAUUUACAAAACUACGACACAUAUCCAGUGCAAUACGAGCAAGCGGUGUACCGCAAACCAUUGCGGGAGCACGAGAAGCCACAGGACCUGCGCAACGUGCCCGGCGUGCCCGGCGUCGACUAUCCUAUCUACCACCAAGUGCCCGACACCAGGUUCUCAUGUGCCCACGUACCUGUACACCCGGGGAUGUACGCUAAUGUCGAAACAGGAUGCCAGGCCUACCACGUGUGCCAUGACGGUCGUGAGGGACACCAAGGAGCGGCUUUCCUCUGCACAAAUGGCACUCUCUUCGACCAGACUAAGUUUGCAUGCGACUGGUGGUACAAUGUCGACUGUUCACAGGCUAUUGAACACUACAAAUUGAACGCAGAUCCGUUGAAAAACCCUUACGUACCAAAACCAAAACCAGAACAAGUGGCGGAACACGGAGUUUACUACAAACAUGACUAAACUGACAUCACUAAAUUGUCUUAUCUGAGGAACAGAGUUACAUCUCUUAUGAGAUUCCUUGACAGAUGUAAUUCUUUUCAUUGGAUGGGUCGAAAUUAUAAAAGUAAAAAAGGGACCACCUAUUGAAUAAUACAAAAAAUAUUCA